CAUGGAGGCCAGGUGACCCUACAGAAGAUUAACAAAGUCCGUCGAAAGGUUAAAGCGGCACAAGAAAAGAAUGACAGAUUGAAGUGGAGUAACCAAGGAAGAUGACGAGAAAAGACCCUUACGCUAAGUGCGAGCGACCUUCCUAGCAGGAUGCGUGACUGAGAGUGGGGAGAGCGGGAAAGGCGAAAAGGUUGAUGCCGUCCGCAGCUGCAAGACAAGCACAAGACCCCGUCUUCUAUUUAUUGCUCUAUCUACUCUCCGUGCUCCGUACACGUUUACCGUCAGACGGGUUCUCAGGUAAAUGCAUAGAAAGCGGGGAGAGGCACAGAGCGAGAAGGGAGAUCAGCACAAACCGACGGGGCGGAACCGCCCAUUCAAACAUUGAACGUGACCAGUUCGUGUUCCACCCCCCUUCUCCUCUCUUUUUGAGAGCCCGGGAGCUGUGCUACCCAUUGACAGGACGGGCUAAGAAAAACAAAAAUUCGUGGUUGACUGAUGUGUGGGCGUGUGAGGGAGAGGCGGCAGGGGUCGCGGAGGUAGGAAUGGGCAGAGACCUGGGGAAAGCUGGCAAGGGGCGAAUGAGAUGGUCGGGAUGCGCCGGUCACCCCCGGUCCUGCACCGACCCCGGUCUGGGGUCGAGGGGGGGGAGAUGCGAGUGACAUGGGCAGGAAAUUUGGGGCGUUUUCAGCCUUCAGGCAAUGGACGGACAUGCGUUGGGUACGGAUUAGAGGUUGUAUCUAUUCGAGUGAAGUACGCAUGCUGUGUAGCCUG